AUGCUGAAUGCUCGGCUGGUUUUAUCACCGGCCCUGUUGGUGCUCUUUAUGUGUGCAUGCCUUCCAAACGCGUCGCUAGUACCGAGCGCAGAAGCCAUUCAGUUUUCGGGUAAAAAUUACGCGCCGUGCGGCGUGUCAGGGAAUUACUCCGUGGUGGGUUUCAAAGGCGCGUUCACUCCUCUGCAUCCACGCAUUCAACUGUCUGCGCUCGUGACGGUGUAUGAUGACUGCUACCUCGCCCUCUCCUCGCUCUCAUUGAAAUCAGCCAACAGCACUCCCUCUCUCUCCCUCUGGGGGGGAAUAGCCGGCGAUGAUCCAUUCUCCUACGCCUCCCCCAUCGACCCCGCCCUCUCUUCCCUCAACCCCGCCUCCGCCUCCCCUCUCCUCGCCGUUCACAUCGGCUCCCAAGGCCGCACAUGGGAUAACAUACACGUUCUCUACCUAGUCACUACCACCCCCGCGGGGGUCUUACAGAAAAUCUUAGCUCAGCUGCAGCUGCCCAGGCGCCUUACCCGUGGCGGGGAAUCAGGUUCAAGCGGCAAGGGUGCUGGGGGGACGGAUUUGCUGCCAGGAAGCGCAACGGAAGCUUCCGAGGGCCUGCGGAAGCAGGUGCUGAAGUAUGCCAAGGACAACCUGUUGCUGGCGCCGCCGCCGCCGGUUAUGCCGCCGCCGCCCCCGCCGGUUCCGCCUCCCCCUCCGCCCGUUGCGUCCCCGGCGCUGGGGUUCGUGAACUGCGUCACUGCGAAGAAGGGCCGGCUGAACAUCUACUGGCGCAUGGUGGGCGACCCCAUAAACGGCAUGGCGGUCGAGUUUGGGCUGGAGGGGAAGGUGCCUGACAACAGCUGGAUGGCCCUGGGCCUGUCGGGUAACCAGUCGCAAGCGGACAUGCACAGCAGCGACAUCGCCGCUACAGGCAUCUUCUCCUCCGGCAGUAAUGGUGGGAGUGGGGCGCCCGAUGCCUUUGCAACGGAUUUCUACGUCACGGCGCUGGAGGCGUGUGAGCAGAUCGCAGGUGGAUACGUGGGCGUGUGCCCGGACGCGCUGCUGGGCUCCUCUCCCUCCCUGGACAUUGUCAACCUCACCCUUGCUGCGCGCCAAGCAAGACGUUUUUCCGUGACGCGCUGCUGGGAUCCUCUGCCUCGCUCGACAACGUCAACCUCACCCUCGCUGCGCGCCAAGCAGACGUCUCCUUCGUCCGCUUCCGAAAUAUACCUCUUUACCAACCUCUCGUCUGCUCCCAUCUGCCUUCCCAUCACUCCCCCACAUCAGGACGCGCUGCUGGGCUCCUCCCCCUCACUCGACAACGUCAACCUCACGCUCGCUGCGCGCCAAGCAGACGUCUCCUUCGUCCGCUUCCGCCGCUCCCUCGCCCUCUCCACCGACCCCCUCUUUGACCGCCGAUUCGAUAUAAGCUUCCCCUCUGCAGUCCCCAACAACACCGACCUCUCCCGCCCGCUGCUGUUCAUUUUCGCCACGGGACCCCUUCUCCCGUCCUCCACCCCCUCGCUGCCGCAACUCCUCCCACAUGCCGCCUCUGCUGCGUUCUUUUCCGGUUCCAUUAACAUCACUUUGAACGCUGCCAAAGCGACAAACUCCUGUGAACCGCUCUGGAACACGCCAGAGCUCAGCUACCCGCCUCUGCCGCCCGGCUUGCUGCCCUCCCCGCCCGGCGAGCCGUCCAUGUGGGACGACGGGGCGGUGAUUUCCGGCUUAUCUCAGUGCAGCACGACGUUUGAAGGGGAAAACAGGAAAUUCGCCUCGUGUGAGGCGCUACCAGGGGGGUUCUUUUUCAUGUGGACUCUGGGGAAAGAGGAGCUGUCUGGUGCGUUCAUUUCGCAGUCUGUUUCCCCCCAAGGUUAUGCUGCGGUAGGCCUGCUGCUCCCACCGCCGACUCCGCUUCUAGAGGCGCUGUUUACCCCUCCCCCCGCGCCGGCGGGGGGGAAUGGGAGUGCGGAGGGUGGGUAUGUGAAGCCGGACUCGUUAGUGGGUGCCUCGAUGCUGGUUGCAGUGAGGGCGGAGGACGGAAGCGGGGGACUGAAGGUGGAGGAAUAUCAGAUUGUGAAGCAGGAGGGAGGCAGCAGCAACGCCAGUGCUACUAGCAGCACCACAGGCACGCUCACCACCGUCAGCAGCAGCGGCGGCACCAGCGGCGGCAGCAGCAGCAGCAGUGACGGUAGCAGUGCUGCCACCAUCGCGCCACAGGAGCAAACUGCCAUGGUUCGAGGCGGCAACCUCUCACUCAUCUCCGCAAAAGCAGAGCUCCAAGCAGGCUCCCUCACGCUGCUCUUCACAAUCAAGCUCCCCCACAGGCAGCGAUCCGGCGCAGUGCUCCUCUGGACCAAAGGCACCCAGUUCUUCCCCUCUAAUGACUCCCUUUCCCCAGACGGAGUCUCAGCCAUGGCAAGCGCGCCGAUAGACUUUGGCAAGGAGACUGACGUGGAUCCGAACGCGGCGACAGUGACGACGGCAGGGGUGGUGUAUUCCGCGCUGAGUGUGGCGGCGUGGGCGUUUAUGCUGCCGGUGGGGGCGGUUUCGGGGCGGUAUGUGCGGAAGCACAGCCGGUACUGGUUUCCGCUGCACCAGGGGUUUCAGCUGGGGGGGUACUUUCUGACGGUCUCGGCGUUCACGAUUGCGAUGUCGCUGGAGGCGCUGCAUUGGUCCGUGGGGUACUGUGUGCUGCUGGCGCUGCUCUCGACUCUUAUGGUGCUGCAGAUUUCAGCAGUGAUAAUCCGUCCGCCCGAGUCUCACCACCUUCGCGACCACUGGCGGCGAUUCCACAAG